AUGGACAUCAAGUUUUGCAAGACCAACCUCUCAUUGAGCACAAGGAGUUGGAUGGGAGUUCCAAUUCAAGUUCACACAUCCAUUGGCUGGCCCUCCAAGCUUCUCCUGCCCAACCCUGAGCUCACCACAAUCGAGCUGAGGAUCGAGUUGAGGACAAGCUCAGUGAAUGAGGAUUUGGGUGAGCCUGAGUGCUACUACUUUGAGGAGUAUGAGGCUCCAAGGAUGAACCCCUCUGUUGUGGCUGCCACAAGAGGAUUGGACUUCUCCAAAGUUCAACAAGUGGCAAGGGAAAGCCAUGGAAAGAUGCAAAAGUCCAUGGACAAGAUGGUGAGCAAGAUCAAAAGUUUGGAGAAGAAGGUUUCUGGUUCUUCAAGCAAGAAGAAGAAGUCCAAGGCCCCACUUUCCCUAGGAGUAUCACUCCUCACCACCCAAGGAGGCUCCCUGCCCAAGAGCCUCACAGAGCCUCUUCUUUCGAGCCAAGGGAAGGAGAGACAACACGCAGAGAAGGAGGAAGAGUUCCAAGACGCUCCACGCUCGACCACCGGACUCGAUCGAGUCCAAACAGAGGAAACUCAACUCGAUCGAGCUGAGGGUCGAGUUGACCUGGAGGAGCCCCUGUUUGAGAACCCGGGAUUCGAGUACGAUCAACCCAGUACCAGGACUUCUCUCAGAGCUGGACCCCUACAACCGCUUCGAGCGAGCACAGCUCCACCAAGGCCAAGGAAGCCACACACUUUGAAGAUGAAGAAGAAGAGGAGGAGGAGCCACAAGCUCGAUCGAGUGAGCCGAACCCAGUUGCAGUGGAGUGCUCCUGAUGGCCGUCUCCCAUCUCCAGACCACGACCUAGCCUCCCAGUUCUUUGGGGGCACUGAGGCUAAGUUUGGGGGUGCCAACUCGAGCUCGAUCGAGUUGGGUGUAAAAACCAGAAAAGUGGUCUUUUGGAGCAUUCUGGAGCAUAUGGGACACAAGGAGCAUGGAGGGACUUGGCACAUGGAGCAGCUCAACUGGAUACGCAAAGGAAGAAGGGAGAAGCCAUCUUGA